UUGACGAGUUUAGACACGAGAACUCGAAAAGGAGGUACUAAUCUGAAAUUUACACAUCAAUCUGUGAUCCAAGUAACAACUUCUUCUUCUUCUUCCACAGUUCCACUUCAUUUGGUUUAAACACACCAACCAACCACAUAACAUUGUUGCGAGAGAGAUAUUAAACUAUACAUCAUCGCAGAGUGGAAGUUGAAUUCACAUGUCAAAGAAUCAAAUGGCGCCGGCACCGCUAUCGCGGUUCGGCGUACUGGUGGCGCAACUGGAAUCCAUAGUCUCUUCAUUUGCUCACAAAUCUCCCGAGCCACUCCUCUGCUUCGAUCUCUUAUCGGAUCUCAUUUCCGCCAUCGAUGAGGACACUAAGGACAAUAUUAUGGUGUGGCAAAGGAGAUGUGAGGAUGCAUUAUAUUCCUUACUUGUUAUUGGUGCAAAACGGCCUGUGCGUCACUUGGCAUCAGUAGCAAUGGCAAAGAUUAUAUCCAAGGGAGAUGGGAUAUCGAUUUACUCUAGAGCAAGUGGCCUUCAGGGAUUUCUUUCUGACGGGAAGAAGAGUGAACCUCUGAAAAUUGCUGGUGCUGCGCAAUGCUUGGGAGAAUUGUAUAAGCACUUUGGGAGAAAAAUUACUUCAGGUUUGCUUGAAACAACCAAUAUAGCAGCUAAACUUAUGAAAUUCAAUGAGGAAUUUGUAAGACAAGAAGCAUUAUAUAUGCUUCGGAAUGCUCUAGAAGGCUCUGGUGGAAGUGCUGCUUCAACAGCAUAUUCAGAGGGGUUCCGUCUUAUAAUGAGGUCUGCCGCUGGGGACAAGUCGUUUGCUGUGAGAAUAGCUUCUGCAAGAUGUUUGAAGGCAUUUGCUAGCAUUGGUGGUCCAGGCUUAGGUGUGGCAGAACUUGACAAUUCAGCAUCUUAUUGUGUCAAGGCUCUUGAAGAUCCUGUUGCAUCGGUCCGUGACGCCUUUGCUGAAACUUUGGGUUCCUUGCUUGCUCUUGGAAUGAAUCCUGAGGCACAGAUUCAACCAAAGGGAAAGGGCCCUUUACCUCAAGCAAAAAAGCUAGAAGGUGGAUUGCAGAAGCAUUUGAUAUUGGCUUUCACAAAAGCAAGCGGAGUACGUUCAAGGCAUGUUCGGGUUGGCCUGACUCUAUCUUGGGUAUUCUUCUUGCAGGCAAUUCGUAUAAAAUAUCUACAUCCAGAUAGUGAGCUACAAAAUUAUGCACUGCAAGUUAUGGAAAUGCUCCGUGCUGAAACUUCUGUUGAUGCCCAUGCAUUGGCAUGUGUUCUUUAUGUUCUUCGCGUCGGUGUAACAGAUCAAAUGACUGAGCCCACUCAGAGGGAUUUUUUGCUUUUUCUAGGAAAGCAGCUCCAGUCACCUGAAGCUGGUCCUUCCAUGAUGGUGGCGGCCUUACGAACAGUGUCAUAUACUCUAAAGACUUUGGGAGAGGUUCCCUUUGAUUUUAAGGAAGUUCUUGACAACACUGUAGUUGCUGCGGUGUCGCAUUCUUCAAAGCUGGUUCGGAUUGAAGCUGCUUUAGCAUUACGUGCAAUGGCUGAAGUUGAUCCAACUUGUGUCAGUGGUUUAACUUCAUAUGGGGUGACCAAUCUUACUGCUUUAAGAGAGAGUGUUUCUUUUGAAAAGGGUAGCAAUUUACAGUUUGAACUUGAUUCUUUGCACGGGCAGGCUACUGUCUUGGCUGCUUUAGUCUCUAUUUCACCAAAAUUGCCUCUUGGUUACCCAGCAAGGCUUCCCAGAUUAGUGUUUGAGGUUUCAAAGAAAAUGCUGAUAGAAUAUAGCCACAAUCCGUCAGCAGCGACAGUUGAAAAAGAAGCUGGAUGGUUGCUUUUGUCAUCUUUAUUGGUUUCUUUACCUAAGGAGGAGCUUGAAGAGGAUGUCUUUGAUAUUCUAGCACUGUGGGCUACACUCUUUACAGGGAAUCCAGAAAAUGAAGUUGCAAAAACUGAUGAUUUAAUGUCAAGGAUAUAUGUAUGGUCUGCAGCUGUUCACGCACUUACAGCAUUUAUAAAAUGCUUUAUAUCUCCUGAUGUUAUGAAUGAUGGAGUUCUACUUCAACCCGUUCUUGUAUACCUUAACAGUGCAUUAUCAUACAUAUCGGCAUUAAAAGUCAAGGAGCUUCCGAACGUGAAGCCUGCAGUUGACACUUUCAUCAUCAAAACUUUAAUAGCUUAUCAAUCUGUCCCAGAUCCCGCGUCUUUUAAAAAUGACCACCCUCAGAUUAUUCAACUAUGUACAUUUCCGUUCAGACAUGCUUCAGAAUGUGAAGAAAGUUCAUGCUUGAGGAUGCUGUUAGACAAGAGAGAUGCAUGGUUGGGUCCGUGGAUUCCUGGAAGGGAUUGGUUUGAAGAUGAGCUCCGAGCUUUUCAAGGUGGAAAAGAUAGCAUCAUGCCCUGUGUAUGGGAGAAUGAAAUUUCUAGCUUUCCUCAGCCGGAGACAAUAAGCAAGACUUUGGUGAACCAGAUGCUUCUUUUCUUCGGGAUCUUAUUUUCUUCUCAGGAUAGUGGUGGCAUGCUGUCCCUUCUUGGUGUAAUUGAGCAGUGUCUGAAAGCUGGGAAAAAACAACACUGGCGCAAAUCUAGUAUAACCAAUAUUUGCGUGGGCUUACUUGCUGGGUUUAAGUCUUUGCUUUCUUUUCGACCACAAACAUUAGAACAAGAGAUUUUGGGGUUGGUGCAAUCUAUUUUUCAGAGUAUUUUGGUGGAGGGAGACAUUUGUGCAUCACAGCGUAGAGCAUCAUCUGAAGUUCUUGGAUAUUUAGCUCGAUUUGGAAAUGAUAUCUUCACUGCUAGAUUGACUAGAUCACUACUUGGUGAGCUAAAUGGAGCAACUGAUUCCUACUAUGCUGGAUCAAUUGCUUUGGCACUUGGCUGCAUUCAUCACAGUGCAGGAGGGAUUGCAUUGUCAACUUUAGUGCCUGCAACAGUGAGCUCUAUUACCGCGCUGGCUAAAAGUUUUAUCCCAAAUCUGCAGAUCUGGUCUAUGCAUGGACUUCUUUUAACUAUUGAAGCUGCAGGCCUGUCUUUUGUUUCUCAUGUCCAGGCAACUCUUUCCCUUGCUAUGGACAUUCUUUUAUCUGAUGAUAAUGGUUUGGCAGACGUUCAGCAGGGAGUUGGCCGCCUUAUAAAUGCUAUAGUUGCUGUUCUUGGUCCUGAGCUUGUACCAGGGAGCAUCUUUUUUUCACGCUCCAAGUCUGCCAUUGCUGAGAUAAGCUGUUGGCAAGAAACUUCAACAAUGCUUGAGAGUGCACGCUUCACUCAACAACUUGUUCUUUUUGCACCGAAAGCUGUUUCUGUGCACUCUCAUGUGCAGACUCUUCUCUCUACAUUGUCAUCAAGACAGCCAACUUUACGCCAUCUUGCAAUCUCUACUCUAAGACAUCUAAUUGAGAAAGAUCCGGCUUCUGUUAUUGUUGAGCAGAUUGAAGAUAACCUGUUCUUUAUGUUAGAUGAAGAAACUGAUUCAGAAAUUGGUAACUUAGUGCGAACCACUAUUAUGCGAUUACUCUAUGCAUCAUGUCCUUCAUGCCCUUCACAUUGGAUAUCAGUAUGUCGCAAAGUGGUCCUUGCAACGUCAAUGAGAAACACUGAAACUAAUAACAAUGCAGAAAGUGAUUUUUCAGAUGGUGAUUCAAGGUUGAACCUUAAUGAUGAAGAUAAUAUGGUUUCUGGCUCCAACAACACUCAGAACCAGUUUCAAACAUCCACCGGUGCAGCUAAUAGAGAGAAGUACCUCAGAUAUAGGACUAGACUUUUUGCUGCAGAAUGUUUGAGCCAUCUACCAGAUGCUGUAGGAAGAAAUCCUGCUCAUUUUGACCUCUUUUUGGCAAGGAAAGAACAUGCAAGUGGGAAGUCCCAUGGUGAUUGGCUAGUUCUCCACUUGCAAGAGUUAAUAUCACUUGCUUAUCAGAUUAGCACAAUCCAGUUUGAGAACAUGCAGCCAGUAGGCGUUAGUCUUCUUGGCACUAUUGUGGAUAAGUUUGAAAAAGCAGCUGACCCAGAGCUUCCUGAGCAUCUUCUACUUGAACAGUAUCAGGCCCAGCUAGUAUCUGCAGUUCGUACCACCUUGGACACAUCUUCUAGUCCUAGCUUAUUGGAGGCAGGCUUGCACUUGGCUACCAAGAUAUUAACAAGCGGAAUAAUCAGUGGAGAUCAAGUGGUGGUCAGGCGCAUAUUUUCUUUGAUUUCACGGCCACUGAAUGACUUUGAGGACAUUUAUUAUCCUUCGUUUGCGGAAUGGGUCACAAGCAAGAUCAAAGUAAGACUUCUGGCCGCUCAUGCUUCUCUCAAGUGUUAUAUAUAUGCAUCCAUGAGGAAGCACCAAGAUGGAGUUCCAGAUGAGUACUCGACAUUAUUACCAUUGUUCCAAAAGAGCUCGAGUGUUCUAGGGAAGUACUGGAUCCAUACAUUGAAGGAUUAUAGUUAUAUAAGCCUGUGCCUGAGCCCAAAGAGGAAGUGGAAUCUGUUUCUUGAUGGGCUGCAAUCACCUGUUGUUUCUUCAAAAUUACGGCCAUGCUUAGAUGAAUCUUGGCCUGUAAUUUUGCAAGCACUUGCAAUCGACUCAGUUCCAGUGAAUUCUGAAGGAGAUGAUUCCACCAAAGCCUCAGUCAAAGAAACUGACAAACAUAGUGCUGCUAAAUGUCAGUAUAGCAUGGUCCAAUUGAAGUUUGAAGAUUUCAAGUUCUUAUGGGGAUUUUCUCUUCUUGGUCUGUUUCAGUCACAACAUCCUAUCCUGUACAAACCAAUUAUACAGUUGGCUUUUGUUAAUGUGAAGCAUGGUGGGAACUCCCCAAGCGAUGAUGUGAACCCCCCAGGCUUGAAAUUAUAUGAAAUUGUACUACCAAUGUUUCAAUUUCUUUCAACUGAGAGUUUUUUUGGAGAGGGACUGCUUAACAUGGAUAUUUGUAAAGAACUGCUGCAGAUUCUUUCAUAUUCCACAUACAUGGAUAAUUCUUGGAAUAGUCUUGCAAUAUCAAUUUUAUCACAGGUUGCCAAAAAUUGCCCGGAAGAGAUUUUCAAUAGUGAAAAUUUUGCUUUGAUAACGAUGGAACUUUGUAUACACUACCUUUUAAAAAUAUUUCACAGAACUGACACAAUUUCAGUAGAUCAUCCAACCUCUGGAGAAAAUGUGAUACAUACACUAUGUAGCACAACUGUGGCAGUAAUUAAACGUAUUGAGAACAAGAUGACCCAACAUCCAAAAUCAAUGGUUCUAGCAUUAGUUUUAGUUGGCUACAAGUGUGUUAAGGAGGCUUCAACUGAGGUUUACUUAUCAGAAGCUAUUGACAUGGUCAACUGUACAAUACCUUUGUUAAAGAGAAUAAGUGAUGAUGAGGCUGCGCUGGAUGAUAGCAUUCUUCCUUUAAGAGAAAUGUUUGAAACUUGUCUGAGUGUUAUUGCUGCUUUGAUUAAGUAUGGCAUCGAGGAAUUCCAUUUGCAGGAGGUUAAGAGUUUAAACCAACGGAAACUAAUACAUGCAAAGCUUGCAUUUUCUCUUGAACAAAUCAUAUUAAUUGCGAAACUGGCUCUUGAAAGCAAAUAUGUUGAUAAUUGUGAAGCAAGCAAAUCCAUCUGUGUUAUUGCAAUAAGAUAUUGCGUUCGAUGUUUCCAAACUGUACUCAGCGAUUCCAAUAUGCAGGUCCAAGUUAUAGGUUUGCAAUUUCUUAAAGCCAGGAUUCAAAGAGGUGUUAAUACAGAAGAUAACUCAUUCUUAAUGUUUCUUGCUGGGGAGCUAAUUACUGAUAUUUUCACAUUGAUCCACAAAAUGUUAAAGCAGAAUACUCUAACGAAAGAGUCGGUAAACAUUGCCAGUGAAUGUUUAAGUCUCAUGGUGGUGUUACAAGCCCUAGCUAAAGGUAAUGACUGCCAGAGAAGUUUUAUGACCUUACUUCUGGAGGCCAUUGUCACGAUUUUCUUGUCAACAACCGACGGGUUUUCUCCGGAAAUAAGGGAUUUAAGAAACACAGCCAUCAAGCUUGUUUCUCGCCUUGCUCAAAUUCCUUCAUCAGCCAUGCAUUUCAAGGAUGUUUUACUAUCAAUGCCUCCUCUGCACCGCCAGGAACUUCAGGGGGUAAUACGAGCUUCUGUAACACAUGAUAAAAACCAAACAGAACUAAAAAUUCCAGUUUUGGAUAUUAAAAUGCCGAAGCCAGUGGGAGUAAGUGAAGAGAAACAUCCCGCACCUUCAGCUGCUGUGAUGAAAACAGAUGAGAAUAACGAGGAGGAAGAUGAUGACAGUGAAGAUGAUUGGGAUGCUUUUCAAUCUUUCCCAGUCUCUAAAAAUGAAGGUGGAGAUGAAUCAAACACAGAGCAUUCUGCCAAAGAGAAAGAUCCUAGCAUUGUUGAAAGCUCAUCAGAUAUGGAAGUUUCUACUGCAGAUGUUGAGUUUCAUGAUCAAACUGGUCCUGGGGUUAACGAGCCAAGUGACAAUGAGAAUCAAAAGAUGGAGGAAGAAUCGAAGAGCUCUAUACUUCAAGAAGUGCCAUCAUCAAUCUCAGGAAAUGAACUAAAUUCUCGUGAUCAGAAAUCAGAUGAUAAUGAACAGUAUAAUAGAGGUGAAGAAGAUGCUAAGGAAGAUGGUGUGGAUGAAAAUGAGAGUCAUGACUCUAAGCCAGGAAUGUCUGAAAGUCCAGCAGAAAAGGAACAUCCAGAGAUUGAGGAAGAAUUGCAAAGCUCUGGGCUUCAAGAAGAUGCAUUACCAAUCCCAGGAAUUGAACUAGUUUCUUGUGAUCAGAAGCCUGAAGUAGAAGCAGAAGGAUCAAUUAAAGAGGAAGUACCUGAUCAAGCAGUAUCAGAUUCUUCGGCACUUCAACAGGGAUUUUUUGAAUCAGAUAAUAAUGAACAGUAUAAUAGAUGUGAUGAAGAUGCUAAGAAAGACAAUCUGAAUAAAAAUGAGAGUCAUGACUCUCAGCAUGGAAUGUCUAAAAGUCCAGCUGAAAGUGCACAUCAAGAGGCGGAGGAAGAAUUGCGAAGUUCUGAGCUUCAAGAAGAGGUAUCCCCAAUCCCAGGAAAUGAACUAGUUUCUUGUGAUCAGAAUCCUGAGGUAGAAGCUGAAGGAUCAAUUGAAGAUGCACCUGAACAGGCAGUAUCAGAUCCUCCGGAACGUCAACAGGAUUGUGAUGAAGGCGGUAAGGAAGACGGUGUCGGUGAAAAUGAGAGUCAUGACCCUAAGCGAGGAACAUCUGAAAGUCCAGUAGAAAGUGCACAUCAAAAGAUGAACGAAGAAUUGGGAAGCUCCGAGCUUCAAGAAAAGGUGCCAUCAAUCCCAAGAAAUGAACUAGAUUCUUGUGAUCAGAAGCCUGAGGUAGAAGCUGAAGAACCAACUGAAGAGGAUGUUCCUGAACAGGUAGUAUCAGAUUCUCCGGAACGUCAACAGUGUGUUCUUGAGUCGGAUAAUAUUGAACAGAGGAACAGAUGUGAUGAAGACAAAAAGAAAGACGGUGUGAAUGAAAAUGAGAAUUACGACUCUAAGCAAGGAAUCUCUGAAAGUCAAGGAGAAAUUGCAUAUAAAGAGAUAGAGGAAAAAUUGGUAAGUUCAAUCGCUGGUAAUGAACUAGAUUCUUGUGAUCAGAAACCUGAGGUAGAAGCUAAAGGAUCAACUAACGAGGAUAUGCAUAAACAAGUUGUAUCAGAUUCUCCGUAGCUUCAAAAGGGUGUUUCUGAGUCAGAUAAUAAUGAACAGUGUAACAGAUGCGAUGAAUAUGCUAAGACUUGGUAAGUCAAACGUCGUAACUCAGCAAGGAAUGUGAAAGUCCAGUAGAAAGUGAACAGAAUAGUACAAAAUUAGAAUGAUUAGCUGAAGAGUGAAGACUAUAGAGAAUGAAAUAUUUGUCAGCCUGUAAUAUGUUGCAUGUAGUUUUUAUUUAUUAUUGCCUCACAUUGAUUUGCUAGUACACUGGGUUCCAAAUUUCCAUAGCUAGAGUUUUAUGACAUUCAACCUCUAUUCAGAAUUUGUUGCUGAGCUGAAUGAUGGAUUGCUAUCACAUUUAUUUCGGAGUUUUGAUGAUAUACUGAAAUUGUCAGUUAUGAACAA